AUGUCACCGUUUUCGACGCUCAUUGUUAUCCUCCUAUCCGCCAUCAUGAUUCACCACCUUCCAUUGGCAAGCGCCACACAAUGGUGCGUGGCCUCUCCGACGUCGAAAGACAGGCAGCUAGAAGACAACCUCGGGUUUGCAUGCGCUAACGGAGUUGAUUGCAGACCAAUCCUAGAAGGUGGAGCCUGUUACAACCCCAAUACUCCAUUAAGCCAUGCGUCUUACGUGAUGAACGCGUAUUACGCAACCCACGAGCGCACCGACUACGCGUGCAAGUUUUUUUUCCCAAACAGUGCCAUGUUGACUACUACAAACCCUAGUUAUGGUAGUUGUGUCUAUGCCUAA